UGAGCUCCCAGCCCGCGGCCUUCUCCCUCCGCCGACCACAGCGGGGUCCCCGCAGCGGCUUUCCACAGAUGCUUCUCAUUAUCACCGCCGCGGGCGCUUCGGUCGCCCUCUUCGCGGGCCCGACCGUUCCGGUCUCGGCCGGCGCCGCCUCGCGGCCGGCGGUGCGCAUGAUGUCGGACGCCGGCUUCACCAGCAAGAAGGAGCUUCUCCUGGACGAGGAGAUUGACCGCAGCGGCGUCGAGGCCGACAUCGAGGAGAAGGUGCUCGACUCCUCCAAGCUCUCCGUGCUGGAUGCGGUGCAGUGGUCGCCGUCGGCGCGCGGCGAGCCGGGAAAGACGCCGCGCGAUCUCGCGUACGGCCCGCUCGACCUGUACGCCACGGACCUGUACGAGGUGAAGCGGCGGGAGACGCGGACCGUUGAGUGCGGCCCGAUCAAGUUUGGCUCGGAGCACCCGCUCGUGCGGCAGACGAUGGCGACGACGCUCACGUCGGACGUCGAGGGCACCAUCGAGCAGGUGAUCAAGUGCGCCGACGAGGGCUUCGACCUUGUGCGGGUGACUGUGGUGGGGAUGAAGGACGCGAAGGCGUGCAUGGCGAUCCGCAAGGGGCUCGACGAGCGCGGGUACGACAUCCCGCUCUGCGCCGACAUGCACUUCGCGCCCAAGGUAGCGCUCGCCGUCGCGGACGCCGUCGAGAAGAUCCGCAUCAACCCGGGCAACUUUGUGGACGGGCGGAAGACGUUUGAGGAGACGGUGUACGAGACGGACGAGGACUACUUCAAGGAGCGCGCCUUCUUCGUCGAGGCCUUCACGCCCCUGGUGGAGAAGUGCAAGGCGCUGAACCGGGCGAUGCGGAUCGGCACGAACCACGGCUCUCUCUCGGCGCGAGUCCUCUCCUUUUACGGCGACACGCCGCGCGGGAUGGUCGAGUCCGCGAUCGAGUUCGCCGACAUUUGCCGCUCGCUCGACUUCCACAACUUUGUCUUUUCGAUGAAGGCGUCCAACCCGCUGGUGAUGGUGCAGGCGUACCGCCUGCUGGCGGCGGAGAUGAGGCGGCUCGGGUGGGACUACCCGCUGCACCUGGGCGUGACCGAGGCGGGCGAGGGAGAGGACGGCCGCAUGAAGAGCGCCAUCGGCAUCGGCGCCCUCCUCGCCGACGGCCUCGGGGACACGAUCCGCGUCUCUCUGACGGAGGACCCAGAGUGCGAGUACGCGCCGUGCAACCGGCUCGCCGAGAUCGGCACCGCGCGCCACUCGGACUCCGCCGAGCUCGCCGGCCAGCGGGCGGUCGCGUCGUACACCGACUCGCGCGACUUCCAGUCCUUUGCGCGCCGGUCGGGCAGGCUGCCGGAGCAGCAGGAGGGCGACCAGCUCGACUACCGCGGACUGCUCAACCGAGACGGAUCUGUGCUGAGCGCGGUCGAGCCCGAGGCGCUCCGCGAGCCGCAGCAGCUGUACGCCUCCCUCGGCUGCAAGACGGUGGUCGGCCUCCCCUUCAAGGACAUCUCCACCACCGACACGCUCCUCCUCUCCGCUCCCCCGCCCCUCGACGACACGCUCGGCCGCCAGACGCUCAAGCGGCUGAUGGACGUCGCCAUCCUCCCCGUCAUCCCCGCCGCCGCCCUCGCCGCCGCGCCCGUCGAAGGCGCAGUCGCCCUCGUCUCGCUCGAGGAGGCUGCGAGCGGCGCGGCGCCGCCCUGCGCCGGCCGCGUCGUCGUCCGCCUGAGCGGCGAGGAGAGCGCCGAGGAGGUGCGCCAGCUGAAGGCGCUGCCGCACGCUUUCGUGCUGCUGGACCCUCCGCCCUCCCUCUCGCGGCUGCACGCCUCGCGCCGCGUCUUCUCCCUCUUCGAGCAGGAGGGGAUCGACUCGGCCGUCAUCCACGCCUUCCGCCCCCCGCCAUCGGACGGGAACGAGCUCGCGCUGCAGCUCGGCUCACAGGUUGGCGGCCUGCUCUGCGACGGGCUCGGCGACGGCGUCGCCAUCGUGCCGCAGGAGGGCGCCUCGUUCGGUACCGACUUCCUCCGCACAACCUCCUUCGGGCUGCUGCAGGGCGCGCGGAUGCGCUCCACCAAGACCGAGUUCGUCUCCUGCCCCUCUUGCGGCCGCACUCUCUUCGACCUGCAGGAGGUGACCGCGCAGAUCUCCUCCCGCACCGGCCACCUGCCGGGCGUCGCGAUCGCAAUCAUGGGCUGCAUCGUCAACGGGCCCGGCGAGAUGGCGGACGCCGACUUUGGGUACGUGGGUGGCGCGCCGGGCAAGGUCGACUUGUACGUGGGCAAGGAGGUGGUGCGGCGAGGCAUCCCGAACGAGGACGCGUGCGACCAGCUGAUCGAGCUCAUCAAGGAGAACGGCAUGUGGAAGGAGCCCGAGGAGGAGGAGGCGGGAGAGGAGUCGGCCGCCGUCGCCGCCUAGCCUGGGGACACGCGCGUCGCCACGCCCAGGGACACACGCAGAGAGGGCCGUCUUGAGCUCUCACGGCCUCCACCGCCGCACCCGAAGGCGUUCGGGCCGGAGAGGCUCCCGCCGUCUCACUGACACACCCUGCGCGCGUCGCACACGACGCUGCGUCCGGCGGUCUCGCAGAGAGGGCGGGGUCCACAUCCUCCCCUGUGGGGCGGCAAUGAGUCCUACACACGAAACCGCGUUGGUAGACACGAAAAAAAUACAUAUUCGU